AUGGAAAACAAAAAUACACUUGAGAAAAUUUUCGAAAUCUUCAAGACUGAAAAGGGAUCUUUGAACCUCUCCAAGUUCGUCAAAACCCUCAACGACUUUGGAAUUCUCAACGAUGAUCCCCGCCUUGCUCCCUUUUUGAAGCGAGUGAAAGAGCUCCAAGAGAAAAAACAGCUGAACUUCGAGGCGUUUCUUUCCGUCCUCGAUCCGACCAUCGAGCCACUGAUCGUGAAGGCUUUCUCUGGCAAGUUGAUCAUCCCUUCAUUCAAGGAGUUCAAAAAGCUCGUGGAAGAAGUCUUCGAGGACGUCCGUGAUUGUAAGGAUGGCAAAGCUGCUGAUUACAUCCCCCAGCUCGCGAGAGUCGACCCGGACUUGUGGGGACUGUCUGUUUGUACUGUUGAUGGACAACGAUUCAAUCUGGGUGAUUUUGAGAAGAUUUAUACGAUUCAAUCGACUUCAAAGCCCUUCACUUAUGCCAUGGCCCUCGACCUCUACGGAAGCGAUUACGUUCAAGAAUACGUCUCAGCCGAGCCGUCCGGAGAAGGCUUCAAUGAAAUCUGCCUUGAUGAUAAUAAUAAGCCGCACAAUCCGAUGAUUAAUGCCGGAGCUAUUGUCACUUCUUCCCUCGUCAAGCCAGAGUUAAAUUUGGCCGAUCGAUUCGAGUACAUGAUGAACAUCUUUCGCAAGCUUUCUGGCGGAACUUAUGUCGGUUUCAACAAUUCUGUUUAUCUUUCGGAAAAAUCUGUCGCCGACCGAAACUUUGCCCUUGGCUACUAUAUGAAGGAAAACGACUGCUUCCCAAAAGGCAGCUGCUUGAAAACCAUCUUGGAAUUUUACUUCCAACUCUGCUCGAUUGAAACAAAAUGCUCAGCGCAUUGCAUCAUGGCUGGAACUUUGGCGAACGGAGGAGUCUGCCCGAUUACCGGGGAAGAAGUUCUGGACGAUGUCAGUGUCCAGCAUACUCUCAGCCUUAUGCUUUCUUGCGGCAUGUAUGACUACUCUGGGCAGUUCGCUUAUAAAAUUGGAUUGCCUGCGAAAUCGGGCGUGUCUGGAUCGAUUCUCGUCGUGAUUCCAAAUGUCAUGGCGAUUUGUCUUUAUUCGCCAAGGCUAGACAAGCUUGGAAAUUCAUCACGAGGGCUGCUCUUUAUGGAAAAAUUGCUCAAGAAAGUCAACCUGCAUCAAUUUGAUAGCGACAACAAUGCGGCAAAAAUCGACCCAAGAGGCCAUAUCAGUGACUUCAAGGACUUGGAGAAAAACUCGAUUCUUCAAGCGGCAAUGACGGGAGAUUUGGAGAUGCUCCGUCGACACUUUUCAAACGGAGCGGAUAUUGAUGUUCGAAAUGUGAUCGGACAGACGAUUCUGCACAUUGCGGUAGCUGAGGAAAAUAUGCGAAUUGUCAAAUAUCUUGUUGACGUCUGCGAGAUGAAUUUGAACGCGAAAGAUACUUGGGGAGAAACACCACUUGACAUUGCGGAAAAACGCGGAAACAUCGAAAUCUCAACCUUUCUCCGCUGCAGAAUGAUUCUCAAAGAUCUCGACAGCAGCCAAAUCGCCAAAAACCGACAAGAACUUGCCGGACUCAAGGAGCAGCGAACAAGCGUCGGAUCAGAAGAUUCUGGAGUAGUGACAUCUUUCUGA